AUGUCCCAAAGGUUGCUCCAAUAUUGGGGUCCAAUCACCGAGAAGUACAACAACCUCAAACCGGCGGGAGCGCCAAGGCGUAAGCCUGAUCAUCUCAAAUCCCACUUCGCACGCAUCCAAAAGGACACGAAAAUUUGGGAGGACUUCUACAACACUUGCAAGGACAAUUGGGGCAGCAGUAUGAGCGACAACCAAAUCAUCAAACAAGCUCAGGCGAUGUAUGAGGCGAAUCACAGGAAGAAAUUCGGCUACAUCAAAGCUUGGAAAGUCAUGCGCGAGUGUGAAAGGUUCUCGUCACAAGUCGCGGAUGUCCACUCCGCGAAGAAGUCGAAGGGCUUCGAUGGCCAAGCAACCACCACUUCUUUGGAGCCGAGUAUCACGACGAGGCCCCAAGGUCAAAAAGCAGCGAAGCGAGACAAGGGCAAGGGGAAGAAGGGGGAAGAGUCUUCAGGAAAGUCGUCGUACUCCGAAGCCCUUGAGAAGGUCCCCGAAAGCAUGAAGGAGCAUGCCCUCCAAACGAGCCACAUCGCCGAAGCAAAAAAAAAAAUGCAAGCCGAGUUGAAAAGGGAGGAGCUCGAUAUGAAGCUCCUCAACACGGAUACUACGAACAUGACAGAUGCACAAUUGACAUUGCACAACCACAUGAUCCAAGAAGUGCUCAAACGUCGAUGA